AUGCCAAGGCGUGGCCCGUGUCGCGCCAGCCUCGAGCUGGUGCCGGGCUUCCUCUGCCAACACACACCCCAACACGACAACCAUCCCAACACAUCCAGGCAGUCGCAUCUGGCAUCCCAUCAUCUACUGAUUGUUGCCAAUUACAUCGCAACUGCCUUCACAAUGUCUACCACCACUCGGCGCAGUACGCGUCGCACCGCCGCGGCGGCAGCCACCGAGUCCUCGCAGCCCGCAUCAAGGCAAAGCUCACAGUCGGCAUCGCCUGCUCCAGAGCCUGCACCCAAGAAGAAGCCCGGUCGCAAGCCCAAGGCUACCAAAGUCGAGUCGCAGACCGUGACGGAGUCGCAGCAGACAGUCACAAAGAGUCGCGUUACGUCACGCGCAAAUGCCGCUCCCGCUGUCACCACGACAACUACCACAUCGUCAAGGACAACGACUGCAGCAAAAGUCCCUCCUGUGGCUAAGAAACUCACCAGAGCCGCUCGCGCGGAACUGAAAGCUGCAGGCGUAGAGGCUUCACCACAGCGCAGUCUAGAGCAGACGAGACCUGCGAAGCAGGGUCGCGGCACAGCCCGGCAGAAAGUCACCAGUGAGAAGCGAAAGGCAGUUGCCGCAAAGCUGGCGGCUACAACUGUUGAGAGCAGCGAAGACGAAGCAGCUGCCGACAACGAAGAUGGCAUGGGCCUCUUCUUCACUAAAAGUAAGCACCGUUUUCUCUACAGCAAUCCACCCCCAGAGCAUGCAAUCGACAAUGAGAUCCUCAAAGAGAAGAACGCCGAGCAGCUCAGGGAGAUUUACCACCUCCGUGAGCGCGUGUCAGACACGGAGGCUCGCAAUCAGAAUCUUGCGGAGAUGCUGUGCCAGAAAGACCAGCACAUGGUUCAGUAUGAGAGGGAGAACCUCCGUCUGCGCAUGGAAAAUACGCGUUUGCAUUCAAGUUUGCAAAACCUUUCACGUCAUAGCUACUGUUCUCCGGCUAACGUCAACUACGCAGAAUUCGACAGUGAACUAGUAGGAAUCAGCGAGUCAUCUCCGGCGCAGGGUGUUUUUGUAAAUGGCAACGAGGAAGCCCUUGCGCUCCUCCACAAGAUCGAGAGCAACGCCAAAGAGACCAGGCAUGUUGAGCCAUCAAGCAACGACAAUGAAACAUUCCAAGACAACAAUGACGUCGUCAUGGAACAUUCACCACAACAGUCUGUCAAGAGAGCCUUCCAUGAGGUCUCAGCAACGCCUGAUCGUCCCGUCGCAACACCAUCCAACAUCUUCAGCAGGUCAUUCUCCGCCAUAAAAUCCCGACUUUUCUCUUCGACUCCCAAACCUCCACCAACCCCUGAGGUGGCUUCACCUACCGUCACAAAGUCCCUACCACCCCAAGACACGAUUACUGAGACUCUUUCACUCCCACCCACACCUGUUGGCGAGCGCGUCAAGACACCAAGAAAGAGGCGUGCGCCCACCAAUAUGUUGAUGAAUCUCCUACUCAAGGGCAUCGACCGAGAGGACAGACAAAAAGCAGAAGAGUGGGCCAAGCAAAUCAUUCCUGAAUUGCGCAACGAUCUUGCUUUCCGCGAGAAGCGCAAGCGCCUUGAGACGCCGGUCCUGUGCAAGAACCUGUCAAAUUUCCCCUCAGCUAAGCCUUGGGAGACUGGCUUCGGUGACCCUCUAGGGGAUCUGGACGAUGAAGACGAAGUACCAGUCUGGGCUGUCUACCUCGAUAUCGUGGCUGAGGAAGAAGAGCACGCUGCGAAGAAGCACAAGAAAACUCACGAUGUCAUCAUGGACGACGAUGAGGUUCCCACCAUUGACGAGCAGUUUGCCGCCAGCAACAGCGCGCGUGCUUCGCCUAACCUCUUUGACAGCCAUGGCAAGUCCGCCUCCAUCCGUGAUUUCCACCCUCGUCGCUCAAUCGACCCCUCACCCAUGUUCUCCAACUCUGUUUCACACAACACCGGUGGUAACAUCUUCAGCGAACUUCAGGGACACGAUACCGCCGCAGAGAUCCGUGAGAAAGAUCGCGAAAUCCUCAAAAGCGCGACCAAGGAGACCACUGAGACCGCCCACACCCACAACCCUACCAUGGGCUCUUUCAGCGUCCCCGAUGAUGACUCUGAUGAAGAGAAUUCCACAAUGGGCAGCGAGACUUCCGAUACCGAGGAUACUCCAAUCUGGACCCAACCCCCACCACCAGCCCCCGUUCCUGCGCACGCUCCGCUGCCAGCAGGGUCUGCAGAUGACACACCCCCAACACCUGCCCGUCAGCAGCCAGCAGAUGAGAUUGAACGCCAGCGUCAGAGACUCAUGAAGCACACCCCUGCUAAGCCUUCUCGUCUCCGAGAGGCAACCUACCCUUCACCAAGCGUUCUUUCGGAAGCUGGCAACGAGUCGCUUCUUGCCGCCACUCCCGCACACUUGGCUGCUUCUGUGGCUAACAUGGCUAGCAUCUUGGACGAUAUGCCAGUAGUGGAGAUGAUCGAACUUGACGAUGAAUGCCAAGCUGCUUUCGAUGAGCUCGUCAACAGCGAAGAGUAUCAGCAGAAGCUUACUGCCGAAUGGCAGCCGGCAAUUCUCACCUACGAGUCAGAUGAGGAGGAGUCGAGCCCUACCUCCCCUUAA